AUGUUCCAGAACAGACAUCCGGUAUGUUUACACAAAGUUAUAUUUAUCUGUGUUUAGGGGUCGUCAAACAACCAGAUGAAGAUACCAGCGAUACCUGAGUAUCUGGAUCGACUGAAGGAAGAGUAUACCCACAUGCAACAACAAUUGCAAACAUUUCGCGUAGAUGUAGAGACCAAGCAAAAGGAGCUAGAGACGUUACAACGCCAGAUGAUGAGCUAUGCCGAAUUUAUUAACCAGGCCCAGUUCGAAGUGACAAAACAAACUGAAAUAGCCAAAAGAUUGACCGCGAUUUUACAACAUUUUGUCAACUUUUUACCUGUUGAGCAACAGGCAGCUGCUAUGCAGGCUGUUGAAAAAGCCAAGAAUAUUUCACCUCAGGCAAGUUGUUGUAAAACUAGUAUUACUUUUAUUGUUUUUAUGGAAGGAGAAAAUUCAGAUUUUAAUUUUUUUUAUUAUAGUACGUGUUUCAAACCAAAAUAUUCGUUAUAUAUAUGUAACUAUAUUGUUUUAGGAAAUGAUACAAAUUGCGAAUUCGCAUCAGAACCCCCUAAACAUGAUGGGUAACAUGGGCGGCAUGAUGCCUCCCGGCUUCAACCCUUUUAUGCAAAUAAAGCCGGAAGAUAUGAAUGCUUUUGCGGCUCAGUUGGCUGCCAUGAACAAGUUCCCGUUCGUACCUGGCAUGCCUCACCCAAUGAUGGCCGGGCUACCUAACAUUACGGCCAGUACCUCAAACGCUCCUACUUCUAGUGUCGGACCGUCGUCUUCUUUAGACAACCACCACCGUGCUACCUCUGUGAACAAUUCAAGGCCACAGUCGAGUGUAGGAACACCAAUGUCCAAGAAGGCAAAGGCCGAGAUUGAUGACACAGAAGCUGAACUCGAAAUCGAUGUUCAGAACGACGAUACCUGUAGUAGAAUCAACGGGAACACGAAUAAGAAGGAUGGACGGGAAAGUGCCCACUCGAUGUCGUCUCGAGAUUCUUCAGUUACUCCGAAGUCACUGAAGCCACAGUCGUCGUACCAAAACAAUAUGAUACCAGCUUUGGGAGAGCUCAACAAUCUGUUUAACUUUGGUCCUAACUCUCAACGCAACCUUCUUCUCGGCAACUCCUUCGGUCUAGGAGCUGGGAAUGGCAAACCUCCGUAUGCUUUUAAAGUGUCUGAGGGACAGCCGGUCCAACCUGUACAGUUUCCUUCAGAUGCAUUUGACGCGCCUGAUAUUCCAAAGUAAGUUUGUUUUAUUACCUUUUUUAAAUUCAUUAUAGUAAAUUUAUUAUAUUAUGUUACCUAUUUUUUAAGUAUUACGUUAGAGUAUUUUAUGAAAUAACAUCUGUAUUAAUUUUAAUGCUUUUCGGCACCUUACAUUACUUUUGUUGCAGAACAAUGAACAAACUGGCGGAUCUUCCACAUGGAGAUGUUGUUUGUGCCGUGACAAUAGCGCCCUCUGGGAAUAAAGUUUAUACUGGAGGCAAAGGAUGUAUUAAAGUGUGGGAUAUUACCAAGCCUAAGGAGACCACGGCGUCCCCGUUGGCCAAGUUAGCUUGUCUCGAAGAUCAAUACAUCCGGUCGUGUAAACUAUUACCAAACAAAAGCCAACUUCUGGUCGGCGGAGAAUGCAAGAACAUCUGCAUCAUCGAUAUUGAGGUAUGUUGCUAUAGGGAUAUCUGACCGUACUCUUUUAGACCGAAACAGUGGUCAAAACAUUGGACUGUGAAGCUCAAGCAUGCUACGCUUUGGUGGUAUCUCCAGAUGGGAAAACAUGCUACUCGUGUUGUGCUGAUGGAAAGGUUGUUAUCUGGGAUCUGGAGACCUUCGAACGUGUAGGAGAAAUGAAAGGACAUGACGAUGGAGCGAGUUGUGUGGAUCUGGCUUCAAAUGGCACCAGUUUGUGGACCGGAGGUCUGGACAACACAGUUUGCGAAUGGAACGUAGGAGAAAGGAAGAGCAUCAAGAAGUUCGAGUUUGAUACGCAGGUAAGAUAUUAGUUUUUUCAGAUUUGUUUUAAUUAAAACUGGCAUUUCUUCUAUAUAUUGGUGUUUGUAUUUUAGGUAUUCUCCUUGAGUUGUUCACCAACAGAAGAUUGGGUCGCUGUAGGAAUGGAGAACUCGAAGGUCGAGCUAGUAAACCCCAAUGACAACGACAAGUACAUCCUACACGAGCAUGAGAACUGUGUUCUGUCUCUCAAGUUUGCACACUCUGGGAAAUGGUUUGUGUCGACCGGUAAAGACAGCUCCUUGAUUACAUGGAGAGCACCGUACGGUGCCAGACUCAUCAAAACGAAGCAGGAGACGUCGGUGUUGUCGUGUGACAUCUCAUCUGAUGACAAGUAUAUUGUUACGGGAGCUGGGGAUAGGAAAGCGAUUCUGUACGAACUGGCGUGA